CCGCAUCACUCCAACUGCGCCAGAUGAUUCUGAGGGGCAGUGAAGGGCCUAAGAUGUCGUCUCAAUCAAGUGAUAGGCUCUUAUGGCUAUGCAUAGGUGUCUCGCUUUUUUACGCUGUGCGCGGGAUUGUGACGGAGCUCCGGCGAGUCCGUGAGUUGACGGAGAUCAAAAAGGUCGAGAAAGAAGACCGCAUGAUUAGUGAGGGUACAGAAGAUGCUCUCAAACUCGAUACGUUGUUGAAGUUGUCACAGAGUACCAGUCAUGACCUCCGCGCCGCGGCUUUACGGAUAAUUUCUGAAAGAUCAACCAAAGGGUCAACCCGGGAUUUACUUCUAGAAGACCUUGCCAGCAAGAACAAGGAGCGAAGAAACAAAGCUUUGACGGCAAUGCACUUUUUGGUCUCCAACCGAGCAUUGUCUAGGACUACCGUAUGUGCUCGACUAGAAGAUUUGCCGACCUAUAAUGCCCUCAUCGAUUGCCUAUGCAAUUUCCUCGAUGAGCACGUGGAGGCGACUGGCACUACAGAGUCACCGAUUCUUCCAAAGACAAGGCCGCUUGGCGAGAAGAAAGCAUUACAGAUAUUGAACAUUAUACUCCAAGAAAGCAUUUCGGCAGCCCUGGAAGCCGGCAUCGUCAGCCGCUGGCUUGCCAAAUAUCCGUUUCCAUGUGCCCUGGCGGAACCCUCAAGACGCCAAGAUGUGGUACUGCUGAUGAAGGCCUGCUGGUCAGACGAUGCCGUCAUGAGCUCUAUCAUGAGUACGCUUUCGUCACAUAUCGAUGGAGCGAAGCAGUUACGCAAAUACGGUCUGAUGGGCAGCAUGAUCGAGGAAAAUGAUCAGGAUGAUGAAGAUGAAGAAGAAGACAUGGACAGUGAUGUGUGGAUGGUGGACGGAGAAGAUACUGCUGGCUCUAGGGGAGGUGCAGGUAGACGCGUCCGUUCAGAGAGCGCAGAGGAGCAGGCUCAGAGACGGCGCCGGAGAGAAGCGAUGGUGCUUGGAGACAGAGGAGACCCGCUGGGAAGCGACAAUAUUAUACAACCAGUGCAGAGCAAUUAAGGUAUGUCCAAGGCAGGAAAGGAGCCAAAUGGGAAUGUCUACAAAAUCAAA